AUGGCGUCAGAUCGUCGAUUUUCUGUAACUCUGUCCGAGGAUGAUCUACGUCCGCAUUUAAGGAAGCCAAAACCACUCAAGCCACCUAAACCACAACAAUCAAGUGAAAUUGAAGAACUGAUUAGAAGAAAUGAGAAGCGGGAAGAGGCGAAGAAAGAGGUAAAACGUCGUAUUGAAGAAGAGGAAAAAGCGAAGGAACAGAGGAAGAGAGAUGAAGAAAUUCGUAGAGAAACUCAUGAAUUGUUGGUUAUUAGGGAAUUGAGCAAUAAUCGGAAUGAUAUAGAAAUGCCUAGCAUUCCAAAGCUUGGCCGGCGUGUGAACAAUUUUCAGUAUUUUAAAUGGGAUUCUGAUGAAGAAAUUCCAAUUAUUCCAGAAGAAAGAAGACCCGCUUCGGUUAGCAGAUUGCCACCAGCGACAAGGGCAUCCACUCUUUGUGAGCUAUGCACAUUGGCUUCACGAUUGCUUGAUAAAUCCAGUGCUCCGACAAGAAGUGCAGCGUGUGCACACGUAGAUGCUUUUGUGGGCACUUCAUCGUCUUCUCAUUAUCACAAUUUUUAAUGUUUCAAGAAAA